AUGGCGCAGAAUUCUCAACCGUCAAAGUCCAAGUGGGGAGUAGGGACUCUAUUUCAGCAAGCAGUGGCAGGCGUCGAGUCGCGCUUAGACCACAUCUUACUGGAUGAAGCAGACAGACAAAAGUCGCAAUCGCAGUCGCAGCCUUCAAAUGAAAAGCUGACAGAAAAUGCAAACACUGCGCCAAUAUCAAGAUCUCCAGCUGGGUCCAUAUCACGCAGCUCAUCAAAUGCGCGCAGGAACGAUCGGCUUCAGGAGCGUCUGGCUCGGGCCGUGGUUAAUUCGAACGCGGCAAAUCGGAAUUUGCAGCCUUCUCACAGUAGAGCCUCAUCCCAAGGCGCCACUUCAAUCCAAAGUGAUGACGCGCGAUCUAGCAUGGACGUGGAUCACAGCGUUGCAGCGUCCAUUCCUGCCGUCGAUAUUUCCAGCCUGCCUUUGGAUGACGAACACGGUAUCCCAGAAGCAUACACACCAAGGUCAAGUCAUGACUCGGGGCUAUCGAAUCGGAAAUCUACAGAAAUAAGCGUCGCGGGAUCAUUGCCCAAGACUCUCAGUGAUAUAGGCGAGCAGCCUUCAAAUGUAGAGGGAGAUGUCCAGACUCUGUCGGAUUCGCAAAAUUCGGAAGAUUCAGGAAUUCGAGCCUCAGUAGAUAGUUCACAGAUAAGUAUGGAUCUACCGUCAGAGGCUGGCAUUAAUGAUACGAUUGAGUUUCAGCGACAAGAAGAAAUUCAUGGUUACAUUGAACGCAUAGACGCACUGCAGUCUAAGCUCAAAUAUCUCGCCAAGGAAGCAUCUGAAUCCUCGAGGAAUGCUGCUGCAACAGCUUCGCCGGGGAGUACUAAGAAAUUGCUGCUCGAAAAGGAUGAGAAAAUUGCCUUACUCCUAGAAGAAGGACAGAAGCUCUCGAAGUCUGAAAUGGACCAUCGUACAGCGGUCAAGAAACUCCGUCAGCAGCUCAAUGAGAACAUGAAAUCGCAAAUAGAAUCAAAGAAACGGACCGAAAAGCUGGAAAGGGACCUUGCCAACUCCGAGGCCAGAGCGAAACGAGCUGAGGCCGCAGAGAAAAGAGCUAACGAGUCGUUGAAUUCUCGAACAAAAGCCUCGAAGGACCUUGAAGCCGUGACAAACGAGCGAAAUGCCCUAAGCCAAACCGUACAAGAAAUGAAAGGACAGCUGAGUCGAGCUCUUGCACGUGCAGAAGCUGCCGAGGCCAACGCUCAAUCAGAUGCUCUGGAACAAUCGAAACGCCGCGCGGACGAUUUGGAAGAGGAAUUGUCCUCCAUCAAGAUUGAGCAAGAUAUCAACGAAAGAAAGGCGAAGACGGAAAUUGACGAACUGAAAGAAAAGGCCGAUCAAGAGAAGGAACGAGCGCGGAGGCUCGAGGCCGAGCUUAAGGUUGAACAGUCAGUCAUGGAAAGCAAACUGGAAAACCUCCGAUCUCGCGCAGAAGAAGCAUCUUCUGGCGUGACUGGGGAGUCGCAUGCAAAACUUCUACGACAGGUCGAGACUCUGCAGACGCAGUACUCUGUAGCUAGUGAGAAUUGGCGCGCUCUCGAAGGCUCGAUAUUGUCCCGUCUUAAAAGCGUAGAGAAGGAACGUGACGAUACUGUGCGAAGGGAGGUGGAUUUGCGGAAGAAGAUUCGGGAGUUGAACCUCAAGACGAAGAAAAUGGAGGAAGAGUUUGAAACUGCAAAUGAGACCGAGCGAGACUUGAAGGGUAAGCUCUAUGAGAGUAUGCAGGGGUUGCAGAGAACUCAACAGAAACUCGAGGAGGUAACAGACGAGCUUUCCGCCGCCCAGACAGAUUUGGCCGAGCAGAAGAAGGUGAGCGAUGCGGCGUGGGCCCAGAAGUUGGAAGAGGAGCGAGCCAAAUGGCGAGAGCAGGUGAAUAGUUUGCCACAAACUCGAGGUGUAUCACCCGUCCAGUCUCUACGUCGGUCGAGCAACCUCGAUACAAUCGGCGCCGGGGAAUACCGGCCCAUUAGCAGGCGAUCCUCAACUCUUCCCUCUGCCUCUCCUGACAUUGGCACACCACCGCGCCAAAACUCAUACCCGACAUCGAUUGCCCAAGGGACCCUCUCCCCUCCUCCAAUUAUAACAACUUCGGUCCCGACUUCUAUCCUAGAGACCCCUUCAAUCACCUUUGAACCAGAUGAGUUCUUCGGUUCCGGUACGCCCGUAACUCCAUCCGCAUACGGUGGCACUCAAGCACCCCAGUCACGCGGUAUCAACGACAUCAUCUCGGAGUCGACCGUUGGCGCAGGACCAUCUGUACAGCUGGUUGAACGUAUGAGUGCUACCGUCCGCCGCCUAGAGAGCGAACGAGCCGGGUCGAAAGAUGAGCUUGCUAGAGUGACCACCCAGCGCGACGAGUCCAGACAACAGGUUGUCGAUCUCAUGCGCGAGAUGGAAGAAAAGCAAGUCUCCAGUGCUCGCGUGCAGGAACUCGAGGCCAAGCUUGCAGAUCUUGACCAGCGCUACCAGACUACGCUGGAGAUGCUGGGUGAGAAGAGCGAGCAGGUUGAUGAAUUGCACGCUGAUAUUGCGGACUUGAAGAAGAUAUACCGUGAACUAGUUGACAGCACUAUGAAAUGA